CCACCAUUCGCUGUAAUUCUAAAGAUUAUGAAGCAUAUCGACUGUAGUACCCGCGAAUCACUUUAUUCAUAUUUGACUUGUGAACUGUUCACACGAAUAAAUGUGUCAAACAAUAAAUUAAUACAUUUUAAGACUGACAAUUGAUGUAAAAAAAUUAUCCAUCAAUAAAAAUUAAAUAUUAAUAAUUCAUUCAUAUUUGUAUGCAGAUAAAAUUUUGUGCAGUUGUUUUUUCUGAUGCUGUUGAUCUGUUUUUAAUUACAGUGAUCAACUAUGGGUGCUAUUCAAUCCAAAACUCCAAAAAAUUGUUCUGGAUCUUCAUCUUUUGGUGCUGCUCCUUCGGUCCGAAAUAUAAGCAACUGUGAGAAAAAUUCCAAACGAGAUCCUCAACAACUUGAAAACAUAGUUCAACCUUCAAAUAAUACAAUGUCAAGUUUCGAAAGAGAUCAGCUAGGACAACGAGGACCUGGUGAUGGCAUUUCAGUCAAUAAUGUUCGAGGUUUAGAUCAUCUUCGAAAUCCUCAAUUAAAUAAAGGAAUGGCUUUCAGUAUUGAAGAGAGACAGAUACUGGGAAUUCAUGGGCUUCUUCCAGCAGCGGUAAAAACUCAGGAGGAGCAGUUGGAACUGUGCCGGCUAAAUUUGGACAGAUACACAGAUGACCUCACCAAGUACAUCUACCUCACGAGCUUACUCGAUAGGAAUGAGAGACUCUUCUAUCGGUUGCUUGGUGAGAACGUGGAGAAGAUGAUGCCGUUGGUCUAUACUCCAACAGUUGGUCUGGCUUGUCAAAAGUUUGGUUUCAUCUACCGGAGACCAAGAGGUCUUUUUAUCAGCAUCCACGAUAAAGGUCACGUUUACGAUGUCAUUAAAAAUUGGCCAGAACAUGAUGUUCGAGCGGUUGUUGUAACUGAUGGCGAAAGAAUCUUGGGACUUGGAGAUCUCGGUGCUAAUGGGAUGGGUAUUCCUAUUGGAAAACUAUCUUUAUAUACAGCACUUGCGGGUAUUAAACCUCAUCAAUGUCUUCCAAUAACUCUCGAUGUUGGAACUAACACCCAGUCGCUGCUCGAUGAUCCUCUAUACAUCGGCCACAGACAUAAAAGAGUUACUGGUGCUGAAUAUGAUGAGUUUAUAGAUGAAUUUAUGAACGCUAUUGUUAGAAGAUACGGUCAAAAUACUUUAAUUCAAUUUGAAGAUUUCGGAAACAAAAAUGCUUUUAGACUGUUGCAGAAGUAUAGAGAUCAUUACUGUACUUUUAAUGAUGACAUUCAAGGUACUGCUUCUGUAGCAGUUGCUGGUUUAUUAGCAUCCUUGAGAAUUACAAAGACUCGAUUGUCAGAUAAUACAAUAGUAUUUCAAGGUGCUGGAGAGGCUGCUCUCGGAAUUGCUGGCCUUUGUGUGAUGGCAAUGAUGAAAGAAGGAACUUCCGAAAAAGAUGCUAUAAAUAAAAUUUGGAUGGUAGAUUCUAAAGGUUUAAUAGUGAAAAAUCGUCCAUCUGGAGGAAUUACAGAGCAUAAAGAGCCAUUCGCAAGAGACCAUGCACCCAUUGAUACUCUUGUUGAAGUUGUAAAAACUGUAAAACCUACUGUUUUAAUUGGUGCUGCUGCUAUUGGUGGUGCUUUUACGAAAGAAAUUCUUGAAGCAAUGGGACAGUUUAAUGAAAGGCCAGUUAUCUUUGCCCUUAGUAAUCCAACUAGCAAAGCUGAGUGUACUGCUGAGGAAGCUUAUACUGCAACAGAUGGACGAUGUAUAUUCGCAAGUGGUUCACCUUUUGAUCCAGUAACUUAUAAAGGAAAAACAUAUCAUCCAGGACAAGGAAAUAAUAGUUACAUAUUCCCAGGAAUUGCUUUAGGUGCUAUAUGUGCUGGAAUGCGUGUAAUUCCUGAAGAGACUUUCUUAGUAGCUGCAAAUGCACUUGCUGAUAUUGUUACAAAAGAGGAUUUAGAUUCUGGAAAUCUUUAUCCUCCACUUAAUGACAUUCGAAAGUGUUCACUUGAAAUUUCAGUUAAAGUCAUGAACUACGCAUUUAAACAAGGACUAGCAACGGUUUAUCCAGAACCAACAAAUUAUGAAGAAUUUAUUAAAGACCAAUUAUACGAUACAAACUAUAAAUCUGCAUUACCUGUUACGUAUUCAUGGCCUAAACUUUAAAAUUAAUAUCGCAGGAUGCAAAAUAGUGGCAAGAGUAAUUACGAAUAAAGAUUUUAAUACAAAUUA